AGAUAAACCCACCUCCCCAAGAUUGACUCUUCGAUUUCAGUCUAUCAGAUCAAGGGAUGACAAAAAUUCAAGCAGUGCCAAGGUUAAUGACAUUAGUUCUUCUCAACCUAAGUACCAAUCCUAUUGUGUUACAAUGGAAACAAAAGGUGAUGUGUAUGACUUCCGUAAAGAGGAUGCCACUGUUUCAUCUACGCAAAAUCUUGCAUCAAUUCCAGAAAAUGAAGGAACUGGAACUAAAUCUGAGGCUGUAACUAGUACAUGUAAGGAGGUGGAGGAAAGUAGUAAAGAUAGUAAAAAAUUAGACGAAUCUGAAGUAUCAGAGAAGUCUGCACCCUCUGAGAAAAUGGACACUUCAGAAAAUGUUGUUUCUAAAGUUAAUGGAGGACGUCUUAGUAGUGAUUCCUGUAGCAAAGAAUGUGCCAGUGAUUUAGAAAAAGAAGACAGUCGUCGCAAAAGAAGGAAAAGUAGUGACAGUGUUCAGAGUCGCCAUAAUGUAGGUAGGGGUCAUAAAUCGCCUUGCAAAUCUCAGCAAGAAGGCCAUGGUGACCAGAGGAGUCCAAAAACUCGCAAGAGAGGGAGUUUAUCCAGUUCAGACACUGAGAGUAACCAAAGUGAUGCUGAAGCACCAUUGAAUGAUGCAAAUGUAGAGUCAUCUUCCAAUUUUAAUGGACCAACUGCUGUUGGUCCUCACUCUCCAAAAGUUCCUCCAUUAAAAAUUGUCAUUCCAUCUGGCACUGGAUCUUUAGAGUUAGAGACUCGUGAAAGAAGUAAGGUGUCAUCUUCCAAGCAAGCACUGCCGUAUGUUGUAAAUACAACAACUUCUGAUACUGUGGAUACUAACUCCGAAUCGGUUUGUGGGCCAUUUUCAGGAGAGGGUAGCAGGGAAGGUUCAAAAUCUGAAAUAGCAUCUAGUAAAUCAAAAGAAGAUGUACAUCAGCCAGAAGAAAGAUUCCAGAGGGUAACACGGAGUAGUCAGCGCAUGCAAGCUGCAAUGUCUGGUGGUUCUUCUAGCCAAUGUCAUAGUUCAGAGACACACUCAAAUUUAGUUUCCUCUAGUAAUCAGAAGGGUGAUGCUUCUGGAGAGAGUUCUAAUGAUGAGCAAAUGCAAAUUCAAGUAGAUGUACACCCUCGUAAACGAAAAUUAAGAGCUAGAGAGGCAACCAAUGAGAAUGGCUCUCAGAAUCCGUCAUCAGCCUCUUCUAGCAGUGAGGACUCUCAGCAGCAGCAUCAGUUACUAAACUCUUACCAAAUGUACUUAAACAUUAGAAAACAGGUAGAUAAAAGAAGGAAAUCAAUGUUCAUAGUUCACCCCAAACCUCCUCAAGGUUAUAAGGAUUAUCUUCUAAAUAGAUGUUCAUAUGUUCUGGAGGGCAAUGCCGCUAGUCGUUUAUCUGUACCUAUGAUAUCUCCGCCACAGUCUCUAGAAGGCUCUAUAAAAGAAUUAUUUAUACAGCAAGAAAAGGAGCGCUACAGAUUAAGGCUACAGCAUCUUAUUGAAAGAGAAAAAUUGGUACUGUCUGCAGAACAGGAGAUUUUACGUGUCCAUGGUAGGGCAGCUCGUGCAAUGGCAAAUCAAACUGUUCCUCUGUCUGUGUGCAGCAUUUUAAAGGAUGAAGAAAUUUACAAUGUUCUUGAGGAUGACAAAGACAAAAACGUAAGAUCUCGAUAUAAUGGUCGCCUUUUUUUAUCAUGGUUGCAAGAUGUUGAUGAUAAAUGGGAAAAAAUAAAGGAGGCAAUGUUACUAAGGCAUCACAAUGAAGCAGAAUCAUUGCAUGCAGUGCAGAAGCUUGAUUGGGAAUGGAAGAUGAAGGAGCUAGCCAUGUGUGAUAUGAAAACAUCUCCUGUAAUUGAUGAUAUUUUUGUACCAAUGGUACAUGUCAGUGACGAUUUUGAUCUCUUACCUGCUUGAAGCUACCAUUUGCUUUAGUUUAAUAUUAUAUUUUCAUUUUCAUAAUUUUUUAAGAGCAUUAUUUUAUUAAAACCAAGGAAACAAUUAAGAAUCCAGUUAUUUUUUGUUCAUGAAGGAAUAGUUACUGAAGUUAUUUCUUAGUCAUAUUUCUCCAGUCAGUUCAUUGUUGUGUUUUUUUUUUUAUGUAACAAUCACAUGUGAUUGCCUCAGUUGGACUGGUUAAAAAAGUCACUUAGCUGUGGAAUUCAGCAUUUUCAGAGGCCAAAUCAUGAGUAGUAGUUGUAAUAUUUCCUCCAUUAUUUCAUCUGUUCAUUAGUGAGAAUCUUAGUGGAACUGAAUUGUAUGCAUGCAGCCAUAAUAAUGUAAAAAAAAUAUAUAGCGUCAAUUUCAAGGCAAUUUUAUCAUCAUGACUAGUAAUUUUUAUAUUGCUUAAUAUACAAUUUUACAGUUAUUCUGUUAGUUCAUUUGUAUAAGUUUCCAAGUUCCAAAGCUAUGAUUACUAGUGUCCUGAGUUGUAUUGCAAUAUCAGAAGGAAAAAAAAAAAAAAAAAAAUUACUUAAGAGAUCAGAAACCCUCUAAGAAAUUUUUAUUAUUUAAAAGAACAUAAUUUUAAAACUUGUUAUCCAUGCUUUCAAAUUUUGUAAUUGGAAUAUUGCUUGAAAAAUUAAUUUAGUGUUUGUUAUGAAGUCCUUGGGUAAUAUGAUUUUCUGUUUUAAUCAGUCAGAAUUUUCUCUAUGCUAUUAAAGAACCUGUAAAAUUAUCUCAUGUGCACAUGCUGUGUAUUUGAUUUUUUAACAGGGUUGCCACGCUACCUGGAAAACCGGGAGAACCGGGAAAAGUCAGGGAAUUCGAAAAUUGACCAAAAAAUUCAGGGAAAAGGUCAGGAAUUUAAGUAUUUUUG